UUUUUUUCUAUUCACAAUGUUCUCUGCCUCAGUUUCACGUGUCGCUCGCGCUGGCUACGCUACGCUGUCCUCUAAGGUUCCCAUGAGCCGCAUGGAGCCGAACGACUUUGUCAACUAUGCCCGGCUCGACUCGACGCUGCACGAAGUGAAGAAGCGCCUCAACCGCCCGCUCACUCUUGCCGAGAAGAUCGUCUACGGUCACCUCGACGACCCCAAGAACCAGGAGAUUGUCCGUGGCAAGUCCUACCUCAAGCUUCGCCCCGAUCGCGUCGCCAUGCAGGACGCCACCGCUCAGAUGGCCAUGCUCCAGUUCAUCUCGUCCGGCCUGCCCCGCGUCGCCGUGCCCACCACCGUGCACUGCGAUCACCUCAUCGAGGCCCAGAAGGGCUCUGCCGAGGAUUUGGCUCGCGCCAAGGACGUCAACAAGGAGGUUUACAACUUCCUCGCCACCGCCUCGGCCAAGUUUGGCGUCGGCUUCUGGAAGCCGGGCAGCGGCAUCAUCCACCAGAUUCUCCUCGAGAACUACGUCUACCCCGGCUGCCUGCUCAUCGGCACCGACAGUCACACUGUCAACGGCGGCGGUCUCGGCGGCAUCACCAUCGGUGUCGGCGGCGCUGACGCUGUCGACGUCAUGGCUGGCAUCCCGUGGGAGCUCAAGUGCCCCAAGGUCAUUGGUGUCAAGCUCACCGGCGAGCUCAAGGGCUGGGCAUCCCCCAAGGACGUCAUCCUGAAGGUGGCUGGCAUCCUCACCGUCAAGGGUGGCACUGGCGCCAUUGUCGAGUACUUUGGCCCCGGCGUCGACUCGAUCUCGGCCACCGGCAUGGGCACGAUCUGCAACAUGGGUGCUGAGAUUGGCGCGACCACCUCCGUCUUCCCCUUCAACCACCGCAUGGCCGACUACCUCAAGGCCACCGGCCGCUCCGAGAUUGCCUCUCUCGCCGAGCAGAUGAAGCACAACCUCGUCCCCGACGCCGGCUCCAAGUACGACCAGGUCAUCGAGAUCAACCUCUCCGAGCUCGAGCCCCACAUUAACGGCCCGUUCACCCCCGAUCUUGCCCACCCCCUGUCCAAGUUCGCCGAUGCCGUCAAGGCCAACAACUGGCCCGCAGAGCUCAAGUUCGGCCUCAUUGGCUCGUGCACCAACUCGUCGUACGAGGACAUGGAGCGCGCCGCCUCCGUCGCCAAGCAGGCCCUCGACCACGGGAUCAAGGCCAAGUCGCUCUUCACCAUCACCCCCGGCUCUGAGCAAAUCCGCGCCACCAUCACCCGCGACGGCCAGGCCAAGACCCUCAGCGACAUUGGCGGUGUUGUCCUCGCCAACGCUUGCGGCCCAUGCAUUGGCCAGUGGGACCGCCGCGACAUUAAGCACGGCGAGAAGAACUCGAUCAUCACCUCGUUCAACCGCAACUUCACUGCCCGCAACGACGCCAACCCGGCCACCCACGCCUUUGUUGCCUCGCCCGAGAUUGUGACUGCCAUGGCCAUCGCUGGCAGCCUCGCGUUCAACCCCGAGACCGACACGCUCACCGACAAGAACGGCAAGCCCUUCAAGCUCCAGCCCCCGACCGGCGACGAGCUCCCCGCCCGUGGCUUUGACGCCGGCGAGGACACCUACCAGGGACCCCCUGCCGACGGCUCGAACGUCAAGGUUGAUGUUGACCCCAAGAGCGCCCGCCUCCAGCUGCUCUCGCCCUUCAACAAGUGGGACGGCAAGGACUUUGCCAACAUGCCCAUCCUCAUCAAGGCCAAGGGCAAGUGCACCACCGAUCACAUCUCGAUGGCUGGCCCAUGGCUCAAGUACCGUGGCCACCUCGACAACAUUUCCAACAACAUGCUGAUCGGCGCCAUCAACGCCGAGAACGACAAGCCCAACUCUGUCAAGAACCAGCUCACCUCCGAGUUUGGCGGCGUCCCCGACGUUGCCCGCGCCUACAAGGCGAAGGGUGUCAAGUGGGUUGUCUUUGGCGAUGAAAACUACGGCGAGGGCUCGUCUCGCGAGCACGCUGCUCUCGAGCCGCGUCACCUCGGCGGUGUUGCCAUUAUUGUCAAGAGCUUUGCUCGUAUUCACGAGACCAACUUGAAGAAGCAGGGCAUGCUCCCAUUGACCUUCGCCAACCCUGCUGACUACGACAAGAUCGCCCCCUCCGACCGUGUCACCCUCAAGAUUUCUGGCGACCAACUCGCCCCCGGCAAGCCCGUCACCGCCGUCCUCACCCGCGCCGAUGGCAGCUCAUACAACAUUACCCUCAACCACACCUUCAACGAGGGCCAGAUCACCUGGUUCCGUGCCGGCUCUGCCCUCAACCGCAUGGCUGAGCUCAAGUAAAAACGUGCUCGAUGACAUCUCCCUUCUUGAGGGAUGGUGGUGUGGCUGUGUAUGCGUGUAUUUGUGUAUCUGUGUGUGUACGCAAACCUUUGUCCUCAAAUCCAUAUGGGUUUAUUCAUUGAU